AUGUCUGGUGAAGCACCCGUUAUUACAGUUCAAUGUUUAUCAUUACGAGAAUAUUUUUCUGCAUCUAAUAUGAAAUCAAUAUUUCGUAGUUUCGUAUAUGAAUAUGAAACACCAAAAAUUGUUACUAUUCAUUCCAUUUCAAUUGCACUCAUGUGCCGUUUAAUUCAAGUUUUAAUUCUAAUUUAUGGUAUUGCAUAUUUAAUGAUACAUAAAAAAGGUUAUCAAGAAACCAAUACAUCGAUUAUUUCAUCAAUUACAUUGAAAGUGAAAGGUAUUGGUUAUAAUCAAACAGGACCAAAUGAAACUUUAGUUAUUGAUGGUGCAGAUUACAUUGUUCCGCCACAAGAAAAUAAUGCAUUAUUUUUAAUGACAAAUUUUAUUCGAACUGAUCAAGAACAUAGACGAUGUGCCGAAUCACCUGAUGAAAAAGAGUCAGCUUGUGUCAACCAUAGUCAAUGUCAAUUAAACAAAGAAUUUCGAAAAGCGAAUGGAAAAUGGACUGGUCGUUGUUUAAUAAACCCUAAAACUGUUCAGAAUAAAUCUUUAUCGAGGAUAGGUCGAUGUGAAUUAGAAGGUUGGUGUCCGGUGGAAAAUGAUCGUGAUAUUCCAAACCCUAUACGUGAUGCAUUAAAUUUUACUAUAUUCGUUAAAAAUUUUAUUGAAUUUCCACGUUUUAAAGUCAUUAGAAAAAAUAUUCAACAAAAUGCAUCCUAUCUUAAAAAAUGUAAUUACGAUCAAGCGAAUCAUAAAAUAUGUCCAAUAUUUCGUGUGUCAACUAUUCUUGAUAUUGUUGAACCAGAUCCUGUUGAACAAAUGAAUAUGUUAAAAUAUGGAGGUGUUAUACGUGUUAAAAUAGAUUGGAAAUGUAAUUUAGAUAAAUUGUUAGAGCAUUGCUUGCCAGAAUACACAUUCGGCCGUUUAGAUGGGCCCUAUAAAGAAGAAACUUUUUCACAAGGAUUUAAUUUUCGCUUUGCUUCACAUUGGAAGCAUCAAGGUCAAUCGUUUCGUACGUUAACCAAGGCAUUUGGCCUUCGUUUUAUUAUUUCUGUGAGUGGUCAUGCUGGUCGUUUUGAUGUAAUUACGCUCAGUUUAAAUAUUGGCUCAUUGAUUGGCAUCCUUGGCUUAGCAACAUUUAUAUGUGAUAUCGUUGCAUUAUAUGUUCAUCGUCAAUCCGAUGUAUAUCGCCAACAAAAAUUUCAAGACGUUGAUCUUAACCUAUUACGUUUAGAAACUUUGAAUAGCUUAACAGAAGGCAUGAUAAAUGAAGUAGCUAAACGGAAACAACAAGCUUUAUUAGUAGGUCAUGUUGUUGAAAACAAUGAUGCUAUAUCCAUAACAGAUAGUCCACAUAAAGAAAAAUUUCGACGAAACAAAGAACAACGUCCACAUGAUUUACAUGAUCAGUUAACAACAUCAUCGCCAUCCGUCGUACAUAGAACUCCAGCCGUAUCAUCAGAAUUAUUAUGCAAUGAUUAUCAUCAACGACCCAUGGCAUUUGCUAAUUCAUUGACUAACAGUCCAUCGCCGUCAUCAGUAAAACACAGACGUUCGAUAACAACACGAUCGCCACAAUUAACAAGUUUACCCAAGGGUAACCAUGAACAAAUCGAUAUGAUUGAUAGCAUCAAUACAGAUUUUACUGAUGAAGAUUCUCCGAUUGUAUCUGGACACAAACAAUUAAAUGAAUUUAGGUCGAAUUUAAAUAUAAAAUCUAGCUCAUUGACAACAACCGGACAAGAAAAUCUAAAGCGACCACCACCUAAACUUGAAACGUUUUUAUGA